AUGGAGCCCGCACCUCAAAGUGUUGGACAGCAGAGUAGACAGCCGCAGCCGACGCCGGUCUACGAUAUCCGCAAUGGAGGACAUUAUGGUAACUUAAGCCUCACCAUGGAUGCGCCAGAGCCGUCAUGGGGUGCCAGCGCAGCGCUAUCGGCGCAAGGUUAUGCGCCAGUCGCUGAGCUAUACACCGGUACCUGGGCCAAUGUGAACCAAGGCCUCCAAGGGACCGCGCGGGAUAUCCUCACCACCUACUGGCAACAUGUCAUCACCCACCUGGAAUCCGACAACCACGACUACAAGAUCCACCAGCUUCCAUUGGCUCGCAUCAAGAAGGUGAUGAAGGCAGACCCCGAAGUCAAGAUGAUCUCCGCCGAGGCACCUAUCCUUUUCGCAAAGGGGUGUGAUAUCUUCAUCACGGAGCUGACUAUGCGCGCGUGGAUUCACGCCGAGGAUAAUAAGCGCCGCACGCUUCAGCGAUCAGACAUUGCCGCAGCGCUCUCCAAAUCCGAUAUGUUCGAUUUCUUGAUUGACAUCGUUCCCCGCGAAGAGACCAUUUCACACGCCAAACGGUCUAGCCAAGCUGGGGCCACAGCUCCCGGUCCCCCCACAGCCCCGAUGCAAACAGCUCCCCAUGGCGUCCAGCCCCAUCAGCACAUGGGCCCUGCAGACUAUGGCGCUCUUGGGCAACAUGGAAUGCCCCAAGAUCAAGAGUAUCGCCCACAGCCCGCCAUGUACCCCGGUACCGUUCAACCAGACCCGACUGCAGCUUACGGGCAGCCUCAGUCGCAGAUGUUUGAGGGGAUGUAUGCCUACCCGCAUCUUCCUCCCCAGCAGCAUGCUAUGAAUACAUGUUUCUAUUUUAAUAUUCUACGCGCGUUUCUAGGCGAAUUCUGGUCUUUAUUGUUUCAUAUUCUAUAUCAUCCCUUUUCAUACUUUUUGAUGUUCUCAUACCAACGACAAUCGCUGAUACCAUUGAUCUCGGGAGAUUUGAGGACAUGCUCAGGUGUGACUCCCUUAGAAUUUACGCUUAUUUUGUUUUUGGUUUUAAAAGAGAGAGAUAAAGAUACAACAAAGUUCUGGGUAUGGUAUUAA